AUGGAGAAUAUCGUCAGCAUGAAGGACGAUCAUCGCGGCAAUGAACUUGGUGGCCGCUGCGAUCAUGAAUUAGCUCCCACUUUGUUAGAAGUUCACACUCAUUGCCACGGGAAAGAAAGUGGUGGUUGUGGCGAGGGUGAAUCUGAGCAGAAAGCUUCUUCAAAUCAUGCAAACUUUCCGUACCCACACAGUCUAAAGAAUCAGAAGUUUAACAAGCAAUUCGAGGAAGAAAAGUUGUUGUGCAUAUUGAGGAAAUACAAAAAGGCCAUUGGAUGGACAAUUGCAAAUAUAAAGGGUAUAAGUCCCUCAAUUUGCACACACAAAAUCCUAAUGGAGGAGAGCUUUAAGCCUACCAUCCAACCACAAAGAAUAUUGAACCCAUCAAUGCAAGAAGUGGUCAAGAAUGAGGUAUUGAAGCUCUUAGAUGCAGGAAAUAUAUAUUCAAUUUCGGAUAGUGCAUGGGUAAGUCCAAUCCAAGUAAUACCAAAGAAGGGAGAAAUGACUGUGGUCCGUAACGAUAACAACGAGCUAAUUCCAACACGAAUAGUCAAGGGAUAGAGAGUACAUAUUGACUAUCGCAAACUAAACUCCAUAACUCAUAAGGACCACUUUCCGUUGUCAUUCAUCAAUCAAAUGUUAGAGAGGUUAACUAGCCAUGAGUUCUAUUGUUUUCUAACGGAUCAUUCAAGCUACGAUCAAAUUGCUAUGGCGCCAGAAGAUCAAGAGAAAACUACUUUCACAUGCCCAUAUGGAACAUUCGCCUACCGAAGAAUGCCUUUUGGCUUGUGCAACGCUCCUGCAACUUUUCAACAUUGCAUAAUUUCAAAUUUCUCUAAUAUGGUUAAGAAGUCCAUUGAAGUUUUCAGGGACGACUUUUCUGUUUUUGGUGAUUCUUUUGAUGAUUGUUUAACUAACCUAUCUAAUGUUUUGCAAAGAUGUGUUGAUACUAACCUAGUGUUAAAUUGGGAAAAGUGUCAUUUUAUGGUACAAGAUGAAAUUGUGUUAGGUUAUCGCAUAUCCGCGAAUGGAAUUGAGGUAGAUCAAGCAAAGAUUGAAGUCAUUAAGAAACUAUCACCUCCGAAUUCAGUGAAGGCUGUCAAAAGUUUACUUGGACAUGUGGGUUUUUAUAAGAGAUUCAUACAGGACUUUUCUUGGGGGGUUUUUGUGACACCCAAGAGAAAGCCAGGAGGAGAUAAGAGAGAAAAAGGAAAAGGGCAAGCCUCCAAUGAUGUCCAAUUUGUUAGUCAGACUGCCAAGGAGAGAUAUGAAAAUUUUGCAAAGAAACCAGAAGGGUUUAUUGAAGAAAGAGGGCUGGUGUUUACAGAAAAAUUUAGGGGGAUUUACGAUAUCAUUCUAGCUUUGGGUUGGCAGACAUUCUGCAAAGAACCUCAGGCUUCUACUAUUGCCUCUAUAGUAAAAGAUUUUUAUGCCAACAUUGCUAAUAACAUUGACGGAAGGACAAUCGUGAGAGGUAAAGAAGUAGUUUUUAUUGCAGCCACCAUAAAUGAGUUUUAG